AGGAGUUAGGCUCUGCCGCAGAGCGCCGCCGCUACGCAGGGAACACACACGCGUGUGCUUCCCCUUCCCUUUCCUCUCCACACUCCGACGAGUUUUGAUCGAAGGGGCCGGGCGAAGGCAACAGUGCGCUCCGCCGUCCCAGUAGGCACUUUCUCCGCGAAGGCUUCGGUGCUCCAGCCAGUGUCUCUCAUCGGAGGGUUUUGACUGCAAGCGGGCGCUACGAAAGCAUCGAAAAAGGCAACUCCCAAAGAAAUAAGGAAAGCGGGAAGGAAGUCGUGCAGUUGAGGGAGGGAAAUAUCCCCGGUGAAGAAUCAAAUAAACAGAAAAGACCGGCGCGUUGCCUCCUCUGGGAUCAUUCGGAAACUGGGCGUCCGCGGUGACAGGUCGUCGUCAUUGUUACGGCGUCUGAGGACUCGGUGAACCUGAGAUAUUCCCGAAGAACGUCCUGAGAACAUCCCAAGAACGCCAGACGAACGUGCCUGAGGACGUCCUGAAGAAGCGGUUCACUUCAGAGUUUCAGUCGUAGGUUGUGUGUGAGCUUUUAAAGAGAUUUAAAGAGGCACGACUCACCUCAGAGUCUUUCUAGUAGGGUGCGAUCUCUUAGAUAGCGGGAACGAGUUUGGUCGAGGCAGGGAGAGGAACACUGUCGACUUCUUGGGCUCGGUGUUUGUUGGCGUCGUCGUCAGCGACGUUGUUGUAAGCGGGCUCGCGGUCUACGUCCCGAGUAAGACGAUGCUGAUGAGGGCAGCGCAGCACUUCAUCUUGUGGGGGGUGGUUCUGGUCGGACUGGCGCAGGGAGCCUACUUGAUCAACUUUUCACACGUGCUCAACAGGAACCUGGGAAACGUGAAACGCGAAGUGGACACUGACAGAUGCCACCCGACGCAGCCGUUCCGGUGUCCAGCAUCCACCACCGUGUGCAUCUCCAUCCAAUACCUGUGCGACGGGGCACCAGACUGUCCCGAUGGUUACGACGAAGACCCCAGGCUCUGCACCGCAGCGAAGCGACCCCCAGUGGAGGAGACUGCGAACUUCUUGCACACGUUGCUGAGCAACCAUGGGCCCAACUACCUGGAGAAACUGUUCGGACCCAAGGCCCGAGACGCGCUGGCACCUCUAGGAGGCGUGCAAAAAGUAGCCGUUGCACUGUCCGAGGGCGAGACGCUCGAAGACUUCGGCAAGGCGUUACAUCUGAUGCGUUCCGACCUGGAGCACCUCCGCAGCGUCUUCAUGGCCGUCGAGAGCGGCGACAUCAGCCUGCUGCGUUCCCUCGGCAUCCGGGACUCCGAGCUGGCGGACGUCAAGUUUUUCCUCGACAAGCUGGUCGCCACGGGAUUCAUGGAUUAGUGGACACCACCUUACUGAACGCCCAUCUCCCCAACUUCCCUCGUCCAAAUCACUAUACCCGUUCGGUCCCGUGCGCGGGAAAUCGAGGCCUCCCCCUCCUCCAUUCUCCUCUGCCUCUUCCCUUCUACUUUACGCGAACCUUCCGUGAUAUUUGAGUUUCAUUUGUUUGUAUGUAUAUUACGUUCAAGUCUAUGUCAUCUUGCCAUGCCAGUGCCAUCUACAGGGAUAUCUGCGCACCAUGCAGUUUCUCUAUAAUAGUCGGUUACGACCUAAGAAAAAAAUAAGACUCCUUCCACAAAAAAAAAAAAAAAUAUUGGUGGGCCUGCCCAGAGAAAAGUGACAACUGGUGUCCGCUCUCAGUGUAUUUUUUCUCUGCUAAUGUAAGCACUCGACAUGCUGGAGAACACAAGGGUGUCCUUCGUGUCCAGAAAGUUAUGAAAAUUUACAGAGACGUUCAAUUUUUCUUCUCUAAAAGCAACGACACAAACAUAUCUGUAUGGCAAAAACAACUGUCUUAAGCUGUAAAAGUGGUUGGCGUAAUCGGAUGGAACACCUGUGCAAAUUCUAUUCAAGCCAAACAGCGAAGGCCGUGGGCGGAGCUCGUUUUUCUUUUUUUUUUUCUUAGGUUGUGACCGGUUAUAGAUCUGUCGGUCCCGUUGCUUCGGGACAAGAAAAACGACGUUGUGGGUUGGUUUAUGUGAUGAAAACGUGGCUUGAAGUGUGUAUCUCACGCGUAAGCGGAAGUCGAGAAAGGCGUUAAGCAUUAACAACCUGCGUUCAUUGUGUAGUGAUCCUAUUAUCACGAAAAGCUGAGAUAUCUGAGUGCGAUAAGCUGAAAGCGAUCUCUCCACGCCGGUUUGACUGAACAUACGCACGCGUACGUUCUUGAGUGCUCAGUCUUUUGCGUAACUGUUGUUGAUGGACGUAUAACCAACUGUGACAUUCGCCGGCCUAGAUAAGCGUGUGGCAUGCUUUCUUCUGUUAUUUUGGUUCAGUGUGAGACCACUCAACGGGGAACGGGAAGACAACCAGAUAACGUUGAAUGUAGUGAAUAUAUGUUGUGAUAUGUUAACAACCUCGAGUUUGUUGGUUCGACAUCGUAAGGCACAAACAGGGCACACUUAACGAAGACAGUCAGAAGGAACGCGGGGCACAGACACCAACAGCUGGUGUUUUAUUGUUCAUACACUGCGGUAAAUAUACAACAAGUAUCAAAAACAACAAAAGGAGCAACAAAAUGUGUAAGGCCUGAUAGAGAGACAUUCCAAGCAGCUAACGAGAGGGAACCAUGAUUAUCCAGCCCCCGAUAGGAAAGCUAACUCUCUAUCCACACCUAUCUAUAUCCGUGUUUAUCUAUAACUAACCCUUUCCAUAGCCCAUUAUAGAUAAAGAGUUACUUUUCCAGUCGGGGGUUGAGUAAUCAUCGUUCCCCUCUCGCUAAUUGCUUGGAAUGCGCAUCUAUCGGGCCCUGCUCAUUUUGUUGUUCCGUUUGUUGUUGUUGACACCUGUUAUAUAUUUACCACGGUGUACGAAAAAAGAAAAAAAAAACUCCAGUUGUUAGUCAGAACCUGUGCCUCGUGUUUCGUCUCUGUCUUCUUAAAGUGUGUGCAGUUUUGGCCUUAUGUGAUGUGUUGAAGAGCCGAAGAAAGCCAUCACGCUCGGGCAGAAAGGCCGUAGAGAUCUUGCCUACGCCGACAUGGUAUGGCCGGCAGUCGCUCAGUAGUAACAUAAGAAACUGCUGGUUGCAACUGGAGAACACGCUAUGCUUUCGAUUUAUGCAUGCUAGUCUGUUUCUUCUAGAACUUGCUUGUCAUCGAUUAUUUUUUGCAAAAGAGGCGAUAUGAAUGGAAUCUUUAAAUGGGUGCGCAGAAUUAAACUCUACUUACAGAGCCAUCGACUAUCAAAACAUUAAUUGUGGUUGUAAUUCUUUGUCUUAGAGAACUCCCGAUUACUGGGUGUAACGGGACAAUGUGAAUCUGUAUUAUGCGCUUCCUGUUAUAGUGUACCAUCCAGUUGUGAAAAAAAAGAAACGUCUAGAAAUCGAAUGCCCAUGGAAAAAUAUUUCAAGGAAGUAAAUUGUCUUUGCAUAACACUAUUUGCCGCGCUUGUUGACUUAUGACCCAUAAAAUAAUACAUCCGCAGGUGACACAGAAUGGAAAUCCACAGGCAAGCUAACGGUAGAUGUUGUGAAUAUUCUGUCCUUAACGCAAUAUGUGUCAUGAUUAUUUCAAUACGAGUUCGUUAAAUAUCAGAAUCAGAAAAUAUACUGCAGCACUACAUUUGUCAAGUGAAAAAGCAUGAAAUCGUGUCUUCUGCGCGGUUUCUGGAGUUGAUAAAUAAAAUGGCUCCCUUGUCUUUUGUCGUAAUUAUGUGAGUGUGCAAGAAUUCUGAAUUACUGCACUCUGGAAGUAGUCUAUUUUCAAUAAAAUACGUUGCUUCUUACCCUACAAUAUUAUACCAUAAAUAACAAUACAGCAACGUACACUUUCUACGGCGAAUCAGCUGCAUAACAGGCCUUGCCCAAACAAUCCAAUGUUCGAUCAGCGACAUUUAUAAAAUCAUGAAGAAAGAAAUAUGCUCCCAGUAAAUAAACUUCUGUCACGUGUUCUAAGCUGUAAUUACUUCUGAGCACACUAUCUGUUACUAUUCGACUUUUCGACACUUUAUCAAUCUACACACACUGUUUUGAUAUGAAGCACAACGAUGUUUCCAGGAGUUUGCGUAAGGGACUCCCGCUAAGAAUACCUUUAUUGCCGACACCCUACGAAUUCUGUAAAUAAAACUGCAUAUGCUAACGAUAAAUUUGCCUUGUACUCGCCGUUGCUUCGACAAUUCGUUGUUGUUGUGUUUUCAGAGUGUGUUUGAUCUACUGAAUAUACAACGGCCAAGUCGUUAAAAUAACUUCAUUUUAGUUUUAGGCCUUUGGAUCUAUUAAAAGCAGUCUCAAAUGCUUUCAGGACAUGCAUUAAGAAAUUAUUGCCUUGGUGCAAUCUAGGACAGCUUUAUCUAUAAUAAAAUCACUAUUUUUAUCUGUACAGCACCUGAAAGAAAGAUGAUACUAUGAGGUUCCAUGAAAUCUUACAUUUCGCGAAAUUAUCUUACUUCUUCCAUGUUGACGAAAAUUGCUAUAGAAUACACUUGACAUUAGAUACAUGCAACUCUGAAUGUACAGUACUAGUUGCCUUGCAAAAAAUAAAUAUAAAGUUUCACAACCCAAGCUUGAAGCUAAUGGCGAUAGCCGAAAUCAUUGCCUGGAUUACCACAACUUGUUUUCACACUCUUUAAAAUAAAAAAAGACACUUUAUCUUCAACGUAUAAUUCUUAAAAUAUGUCUGAGCAUUUCGUUUAAGGUGCCGGGAAAUCACUAUUUAAGCUGCAUUUUACGGCAAAACAAGAUGAAAGGCUUUUAAAGGUAUAACAAUUGGCAGGGAAAUUAUUAGUGUUUAGGUGCGUGUAAUCUGGUUCGAAUCGAGAGAAAUAAGUUCAACUGGUGAAACGCAAACAUUUUCCCAUGUUUGGCCUAAGCCUUUGUACUCGGAGAUAUUUACUUGAUUAACAUCAUACGAUUCUAAUAAAAAUUAUUGAUUACUGGUAAGCUGCGGAAACCUUAUCAGAGUUUCAGGGUUCUCAGAUAGCGCUGAGUCUGUAUAUUUUUGUACAGUAUAUGACAGAAGCACUUGUAAACGGUAUUAAUCGAAACGUUGCAUUCCGCUGCUAUGUGAUAACGUGUAUGGUGCGAGUACAGUUCUAUCAGAGAGGCUAUUUAUCAGCAGUUGUUCAUGUUUAGAGGAUUAAGAAGCUUAUCAAGCAUCGGGUGAUAAAGAAAAAAGUGCGUGGAGCUAUUCCGCCAAUGCAUAUUUUCCUAAAUAUUCCUUGUGAUCGGAUCUAGUGCUCUUAGAAUGGUAAUGUGGGAUUAAAUCUGCAAAUACGUAUUUACAAUGCCAAAGUGGAAAAAAUGCUUAAAUUAUUUUUGCGUGUAGUAUAUGUUGGCAACGUUCUUUGUUCAGUGCUUCGCUAUUUCUCAGUCGUUCUUGCAAAAAAAUGUCAGAAACAUUUUUCCUAAAGUUUAUUUGUGUUGAUUGUUUUGCGUAUAACGCCGAUUAAUUUAUUGUCCGAGGAAAUCGUCAUCUUGUGUAAAAAAUCAUAUUUGAGUGCAUCUGACGUUGUAUCCGGAGGCAUGGAAGUUUGAUUUUUGUAUUAUUUUCAUAAGACACGGCCACUAAAGGCAUAUUUUUAGAAAAAUGUUAAACUAUGGUUGUUGAGUUGCAUUGAAGUUAUCAAUGAAUUCCCCAGUGCCGCGACUUAUGCCGACGUGGCCCAUCUCACCAGAUUUUCUUUCACACAUUUCUCCCCCAAAAAUGAAGGACAAUCAACCCAACCAGACUUUCAAGAUCCACAUAUAGCCUUUCAGGAUUAAGUCUCAUGUUUAUGACGUACAAAAAAUUCAUGCGUUGAAUAAUGCAAGGACGUUAGGAAUGUUUGUAGGCCGUAACGAAACGACUCUUUAUAUCAUCCGCAUAUUUAGCCAACACAAAUAUAAUGCACUGACAAAUCAGACCUAGGUUUUGUCGAUCACUAACAAUAGACAUGACCAGAAAAGUUAGCAACGAAUUAGCUUUGUUCCUCAAACUGGAAUCCCUAGGCCCAAUUUGUGGUAUACUGCCAGGAUCAGAAGCGGGCCUGCUUACUGCGUCUACAGUUAUUGCAUGAAAAGGUCAACAUAUAACUCUCUCGGAUAUAUUUGUUGCUGAUAUGAUGGCAAUCGUCUUUAUUUGAGCGAGUAUAGUAACCAUGAAUAUGUACAGCUGAGCAAUCAAUCUAUUGAUUGUUUUAGGGAUUGGUAGCAAUAUGUAGGAUUUACCCAGUGUAGAGCUAUAACAUGCAAAGCCGGUAAACCUGAUGUGUGUUCCCUAAGAACUGUAUAUCUAAAUAUACAGAGUAUGACAACAUAAAAUGUUAACCGCUGCUGUAUGUCCAACUAAUUGCGCUGAGAAAGCGGACAGUCAGGGUGAGUUUAUUAUGUACGUCUUAUGUUAUACCAAAUAUAUUCAUGCAUAUUUUCAGUGUGAAAGCAUUGCAGUAUAGGACCGGAAUGUGUAGUGUGAAUGUGCCGGAGAGAAGAAGAUAGAGAACAUGAUAUGUUAACUGGCGGUCUUCAAACAGCAAGACAACUAAGAAAAUUGGAUUAUCAAUCACGUGACACCCACGUUUGCAAGCUUAACGUUGCUCAUGGCUAAGGUGACAGUGAAUCAGAGAUUACCAUUAGCCCUUUUGGGAAAUUUGCUCAUCAGGGUAUAUACAUUUCUAGAAUCUGAAAAAAAAAGGAAUUCAAACACUAUUGGCGAGUGAAAUUUAUGGAGUGCAAGUUUUUCCCUCAGGCACGAAUUAAAUAUGUAGGAUCUGUUACCUGCCAGCUACAGUCUAUAGCAAGAUUGUGUCACAGGCAAUUUAUCACUUUGGUUUCAGGAAUACUCCAUGCUAAGCACCCUUCAUCAAUAAUAUACUCCUCGUAGUAACAAGUCUAGUGUAGCCCUCUUAUAAUCUACGCUGCUAACCUACUCUGUAUUGCUGGCCUCGCCGCCUCACUACGCUACUGUCGCGGACAAUCACUUCUCGCCCAAUCAAGAGGGGACGAAGGCGGCGUCGUCAUGACAACGCACGAAAAUGGCGACGCCGAGCCCCUUUGCUGUUUCGUGUGCGUGUGUAUAUUUCCGUGUGUGGUGACGUUGUUUUCUCGUUUAUGUCCGCUGCCUUUUUCCUUCUUAUCCCAUGCUUCCGGAUAUGACGUCACCAGCGGGGAAAGUUGCUUUCCAGGUAGCACCUUGCGAGGAAACUAUGAGAGAAACCAGUUACGUGAAAAUGCAGCCAAGGUUGCCAAUACAGUGAAAUCUCGUUGAGGUGAUCUUCACGAGAAGCGAAGUGUAAAGUGUAUCAACCAAAAAAUCCCGUUAUAUCAAGCAAGCUCAGAAAAGCAUGAACAUAAGCAUACUCGCCUACAAAAUCAACGGCAAAGGUUUGUGUAACGCCAAGUGACUCCACUCCGCGUAACACGUUAUGCAAGGCAUCUUCUCUCGACGCCACAUGAAACACGCGUUUAUUUAGUAACCUUCAAAUAGCACUUUAAUAGGAGCUCAGCUUAUGAAAUUUCACUGUCCUAAAGAAAGCUUUUCUGGAAGUUAGAAGAAUAAUGUGCUAUUUUCUCGCUCAACGGCAGUCAUGGUGAAUAUUUUGCGUGGCUACUGGCAUAUAACAGGCUGUUUUAGGAAUCAUUGGAGUGCUAUUUGAGCGCGUAAAAAGCUACGAAUUUUAGAAAUAUCAUCAAACGCCCACAUAUGUAGUCGUAUUAUCCUAUAUAAGAAGAGAACGCAUUCGCAUUAACAUCACGAAAAUACAUAGCUCCUGUGGGGCGUAAAACGGCGAAAAAAUAAUAAUAACGUAUUAUCCGGGUGUUUGUAGAAUCGUAUUAACGAGGUUCCACUGUAUGUCACUGUUGGAUGUGCACUUCGCCCGCACACAGUUGUACACCUUCGGGUCGCAGUCCUUAGUCGUAUGUAAAUAGAAAGUGUAUUGUUCAUUGCGUUGGCUUUGCCGCUAGUCCAGAGCACCCUGAAAGUAGCUACUGUAUUUCCAAAUUGUAAAGUCAUUCCGCGUAGAACCUUGGAAAAAACCGUAAUGGUCCCUCAUGAGAGCAUGAGACGUUCUAGAGAUAUAAAAUACGCACUUAUUUAAUUUAUGGUAUUGGUUCGUUUGUGAUAGACUCACUAACGCAAUUUUCCUUAGUGUGUUUCCUUAGAGCCACGUUCAAUGGAAAACAUGAGACACUGCUAAAACUCCAUGCGUGUGAACCACAGCAAAUAAAUGCAAGGUAUAUGGUUUUUUUUUUUAUCUCACAUUGACCCAAAAAUAUUGCUACCAUCACUGAUACUACAAUCAAAUAUGCAACAUUUUACGUUGUGCCAACAGCUUGUUUGGUUUAUGGUGGUUAUCUCGUCAUAAAGAACUUGCCGAUUUCUCACCAACAAAAAUUUGUUCCUUCUUUUGAUCAAGAAACGCAAUUGUUCACCAUCUGACGAUCUUACGAUGGGUCUAAAAUGUGGCCGAUAAUGCGGUGCAUAACCAGACAUUUGUAUGUAUUUUGUUGAUUUAGCGCGUGUCUUCAGAACAGUGCCCCGUUUAAGCACCAAAGGGUAAUUUACGAGGACAUGAAAUUAUGAUUAACCAUUGUCACGGAUGUCAUGAAUUCAAGCGCCAGAAUUGCGAGAAAGAAAGGUUUUUCAAGUUAUUUGUACUUGCUGGCUAUUUUUUGAGCGUGAUCACGGAUAUGACCGCAAUGUGUUCGCUUCAUGCAAUUGUAUAUCUCUUUGUCGACACUUCGCGUGCUCUGUAACACGUUUUUUUUUUUUUUGAAAAAGUUCACUGAUGAUCAAAUGCAAACCAUGUCAAUCGAACGCGUGUUUAUGAAAAAUGGAGGAAAUUUUGUGCAAAACGCGGGACGUCCGCGUGAGUACGUAGCAGUACGUUUCAACAUAUAUGUACAUGCUUGUGUUCUUUCGUUUAAGGAAACACUGUCUCUAAUCAUUCCUUCGAGAUCGCAAACGCGAUGGCGGAGUCAAUUAACGGAAAUAAAGUGUCUCAUCAUGUGUUGAA